AUGGCUAACAAUGAUGACUUUGUUUUUAUUGACAAUUUGCGUAUUGAUGUAACAUGCCUCAACGGCAGCAAACUACAUUUGAACGCAAAGGGAUCGGCUUAUUUAGCCAAUAAUUUUAUAAAAUUUAUUAGGCCAUUGGGAAAACGAGCGAAGCUGCAAACAGGUUUUUUAAACCCAAUACAUCAGCUGGGACAACUACUAACCCAGCUAACAACCCAACCAACGACAAUUCCACUAUACAAGAAACCUCGCCGUUAGAUGUUGGGAAUGACAAUUCAGGUAAAGCAUGCCGUGGUCCAACAAUGGGUGAGUUUGAUUCUGCAUUGCAUUGCAUCGCUAGAUUAAAAGGCCUAAAAAUUGCUAGUAUAAAUGUCAAUAGCUUAUUGAAACACAUUGAGGAAAUUAGGCAUCUGUUAUUUAAAUUUCCCUUAGAUAUUUUUGCUAUUAAUGAAUCCAAAAUAGAUGAUUCUGUAAUGAAUGGGGAAAUAAGUAUCCCUGGUUUUAACUUGAUAAGAAAGGACCGUAAUAGGGCAGGAGGCGGUGUGGUGUUGUAUAUCAGAGACAACCUAUCCUAUUUGGAUAGGAAUGACUUGGUGCCCGAUCGUCUUGAGAUGCUGUGUGCUGAAAUCACUCGCCCCUUUAGCAAGUCGCUUUUUGUCUGCACAUGGUAUAGGCCUCCGAAGUCAAACUUGAGCUUAUUUAAUGAUUGUGAUGUAUUUUUUCAAAAAUGCAAGUCUGAAAAUAAGGAAUUGAUUAUAAUUGGUGAUAUUAACUGCAAUGUUAUGAAAACCUCACCAGAUGCCCAUACACGACAAUUAAACUUUUUGUGUUCUCUUUAUCAACUUGACCAAUUAAUUAAUAAACCUACAAGAGAGACCAACACCUUGGCGACCUUGAUUGAUUUGGUCUUAACUAAUGCUAAAGAAAACAUUUGGACGUCUGGUGUAAUAGAUCUGGGGAUGUCUGACCAUAGUUUGAUUUAUGUGGUCAGGAAGUUCACCCUUCCAAAACUUAAACCUAAUGUGAAAGAAGUUAGGGAUUAUAAACAUUUUAAUGCUGAAUAUUUUAUUGGGGAUUUAACCAGAAUGCCUUGGCAUGUAAUUAAUCAAUAUAAUAAUCCCAACGAAGGCUGGAGGGUAUGGAAAUCUUUCUUUAAUGAGAUAUUAAAUAUACAUGCGCCGAUUCGACAUAAGCGAGUAAAGGGGAACUCGGUCCCAUGGAUUACCCCGGAAAUUAAAUGUAUGAUGAGAAACAGAGACUAUCAUAAAAAAUAUGCAAUAAAACAUUCCUCACAGCCACAUUGGGAAAGUUUUCAAUUUCUGCGGAAUAAAGUGAAUGCUGAAAUGCGAAAUGUAAAAUCAAAAUAUUUUCAUGAUAAAAACACUGAUUGCUCUGUAAUGAAUGACCCUAAAAAGACUUGGAAAUUAAUUAAUUCAUUAUUGGGAAAGAAUAACAAAUCCAACAAUGUGAAUGAGCUGCUGGUUGACAGCACGUUAGUUUCGGAUCCUAAAUCUAUUGCAGAUGCAUUUAAUGACUAUUUCAUUAGUAUUGGGUCGAGGCUAGCAGCAGAAUAUGUAGACGAGUCCUGUAAUGUUGAUAAUCAGCCCAUAAACUAUAAUAUUAAUCAAUCCUCAGAUACUUUUCUAAAGUAUCUCCAAUAUCCGUUGAUAGUGUUGCCUCGACCCUAAGAGGCCUAAAAGCAUGUAAAGCAACAGGUCUUGAUAAAAUUCCUGCUAAAAUUCUAAAAUUAUCUGCAAACAUAAUUGCACCCUCGUUGACAUUCAUCUUCAAUCUGUCGCUUGCAACAGGCAUAUAUAUAGAUGAAUGGAUGCGUGCUCGUGUUACGCCAAUAUUUAAAUCCGGGGAUAAAAGACAAUGUGAGAACUAUCGGCCUAUUUCAAUUUUACCGGUGGUGAGUAAAGCCUUUGAGAAGGAAGUUUUCCGUCAAGUAUAUAGAUACUUGUCUGAAAGCUCUCUCCUGUCAAAGUUUCAAUCUGGAUUUCGUCCAAAGCAUUCAACUGUAACUGCCCUCAUCCAAAUGUGUGAUGAGUGGCUAGAAAAUAUGGACAAUGGAAAGUUAAAUGGGGUUGUGUUCAUAGAUAUCAAAAAGGCAUUUGACUCUAUAAACCAUCGCAUUUUGUUAAAUAAAACGAAUGAGCAAUUUGGAAUUUUUGGCGUAGAAUUAAAAUGGUUUGAGUCAUAUUUAACAAAUAGAGAACAGCAAUGUAAUGUUAAUGGAGAAUUAUCUAGUAAUAAAAUUAUCACCUGUGGAGUGCCCCAGGGAUCUAUACUGGGACCACUGCUGUUCCUAUUGUAUAUUAAUGAUUUGCCCGAUUGUUUGAAAUCAACUAAUCCAUGCAUGUACGCGGAUGAUACUCAAAUCUUUUCAUCUUCCUACGAUGCAAAUGAACUUGUUGUAAAUUUAAAUUCAGAUCUUGCCCAUGUCUGUAACUGGCUUAAAGAAAAUAGGCUGCAGAUGCAUCCAUCAAAAUGUAAAAUGAUGUUUAUUGGCUCCCCGUAUAAUCUUAAUAAUAUAAUGCGUGAGGAACCCGUUGUGGCUAAUGCAAAACCCAUAUCACGAAUUGCUACACAAAUGUGCCUAGGAGUAAAACUAGAUGAAACCCUUAAUUGGGAUAGUCACAUUGAAAUGAUAUGCAAGAAGGGGAGCGCUGCUAUUGGCGCUAUGAAACGUAUAAAGCCCUUUGUUCCAAUGCAUACCUUAGAAUCGAUUUAUAAAAGUCUUGUGCAGCCCUACUUUGAUUAUUGUGCCCCCCUUUGGGACACUUGUGGUAAGUUGCUAAGAGACAAGUUGCAAAGAUUUCAGUCUCGUGCAGCAAGAGUCCUAACGGGUGCUAAUUAUGAUACUCGCUCAGCUGAUCUUCUCAACAUGCUUUCUUGGGAUACAUUUGAAAAUAGGCGGUCUGGUGCUAAGUCAGUAUUAAUGUAUAAAAUACUUAACGACCACACUGCGCCAGGUCUCCGGGGGUCAUUCGUGAGAAGAGAAAUAGAUCAAACUAAUUAUCAUCUUCGAAACACAGCAACUGAUCUAACAAUUCCUAAACCGAAACGAGAAUUUCUUAGAAAAAGUUUUAAAUAUAGCGGCGCUAUGCUCUGGAAUCAACUCCCAAACGAAGCAAAAUUGGCCGAGUCGCCUCAUUCGUUUAAAUCAAUUGUUGGACAGCGACAUGCUUCCUAAUUAUUUGUAUAUAGUAACGUGUACAGUAUGUGUGUACUAAUAUUUAGUUUAAAUUUUCCUUUUAAUGAUUUUUAAGCUCUAAUAGACACGCCCCCCAUGGAAACCAGCCUAGAGUUGAUGGGGCUGUCGUGUUCUUCUUUCUGUUAAUUUUAAAUAAAGUAUUACCUACCUACCUACCUACAGAGUAACUGUAAAAUAAUAAAUAGACUUUAUUAUUUUACUCAAUCUGUAUAAUGCCAGACAAUUUUACUGUCAAGGGGAGAGUGAAGAAUAAUAUCCAAAUGUAAUGCGAUAUUUUAUAACUCACUCUGGUUUUUAGUGCAAAGUUGCUUUGCACUGUUGUUAUGAGGUUAAAUUCAAUUCAGUGACCGAUCAAUGGAUGGAUGGAUGGAUGGAUGGAUCGAGUAAACAAUCCGGGGGGAGCUUGCAAUUGAUUUUUUAUCACGUUUUCUAGAGCUUUGCGACUUUCGGCCAACUAAUCGUUCAUAACUGUUUGUAGAUUAUAACAAUCUAUAGUUAUAUUCAUGAUGGUACAUGUUCUUACUUAUUUAUCCGACAUUUAGAGAAGUUAUAACCAAAUUACUGUUGCAUUUCAAGCACUUGUUAUUAUAUGAAUGCCCCCCUGCAACAUAAAUACAUGUGCAUAAUACACAUGCCCUCAUAUGUUAUCAUUUUACAAUGGCGGACAUGGACGAGCGGUGACUAUUGAGCGGCGGUGUGAAAUCGUGUAGACUAGAGUGUAUUACAUCCGAGGUUGAUAGUAUUAUAGCACAGUGGUUUAUCUAUGAAAGAUGCGGAGCAAUGUAUAUAUGAAUAAGUGCCAGUGUAUAGUUUUGAUAUAAAAUUAUAAGUCAGCAGACAGCAGCUGAUUUAUGUCAGCUAUCUUAUUCUUGUAUUAUUACAUCACGAUAUAACCCGCGGAAAGGAGGGCCGGGACCGCUAUAUCAGCUAGAUUAUUCUUGUUUUAUUAUAUUGUGAUAGAGUUAGGUUUACAUGGCCCAAUAAAUAGUAAAUAAAAUAAAAUUGACAAGUAAAGUUAUAUUUAGCACGCUACACAUUCUCCUGUCGGCCGCCAGUUGGUCCGUAUAUUAGGAUCAAAAACUGCGUUUUAAAACCUUCAAAAUAAAAUAUUUUAGCUCAAUAUACUAUCAAAAUGAGGAGAAAAGUGAGACGAAUCCACUGGCAUACGGCCGAUUUCAUUCCGAAGUUAUCAAGGAUCAAACGGACUGCAUUUUUUAUUAGUUUAAUAAUUUUGAGCGAUUUGUCAACAAUACAAUUUCGCUUAUUAAAACUGCACAUUAAAACUGCACAUUAAAACCUUCAAAAUAUAAUAUUUUGCGCUCAAACUACUAACAAAAUAAAGAGAAAAGUGAGACGAAUCCACUGGUAUACGGCCGAAAAAGAGAAAACUAACAAUACGAAAGUCAUCAAGGUCAAAUGUAUUGCAUUUUUAUUUAAUUAAUAGUUUAAUAAUUUUGAGCGAUUUGUGAACAAUACAAUUUCGCUUCUUUCAAAGGCCAUAAAUCGCUAGAAUACUGUUGUUUAGUAAUACAUUUGACGUCUGUGAGUAUAAUUUCUUAUGCUGAAUCGAACGGUGGUAUUUCUGUCCUUAUUAGGCACAUAAAACCAAAGAUAAGGCACAGCAAAAAGUCAAUUGUGAGAGUCCGAGAUUAAUUCGAAAGAAAACAUUCCUCGAAAAAAGGAAUUCGGAAAACGUGAAGGAUUAUUUUGAGCGGCUCGUCUUUAAAAGGCCAUAAAUCGCAAGAAUAGAAAUCAAUUUUGAAAUCAAUUUUCCAUCCGUAAAUACAAGUUUUCACGCUGAUUCGAACAGUAGUAUUUUUGUCUUUGUUUGACGCAUAAAACCAGAGAUAAAGCCUAGCAAGUAGUCGAUCUUGAGAGUACAAGAUUAAUAACAAUUAAUAAAUUCCGAGCACGUGCAAGGAAUUUUUAGUAGGCGACUAAGGAAACGUAUUGAUGCGAACACACUGUAAAGAUCUGGACUAAAGCCACCAUUUAAGGAAUUAAGCCGUGGAAAAUUAUCCAUGCGAAAACAACAAAAUUUACUGUCGUGGCUUGUAAUAUAUAAAAACAAACGCCAAACAACUUCCUUAUAGAUGCAUCAAUCCUAUCAGUUCAUACAUUAAUCAUUAUGCGAAUCAACGUAAAUCUUAAUUAUCAUUUGUCAUAUCAACUUUGCACUAUCCUUGGGAUCUCCUGUUAUACUGAUAUCCUGUACUAUUUCAAACAAAGUGAAAAGUCCUAACAACUAAGCAUGGAAAUAAAACAGAAUUUAAGAGCUCUUUCUCUCUUCUCUAAAUUUCAUAGAAUUGCAUACCAUAUUUUCAUUAUUACCAUGAUAGGGGAAUAUUUCUGAACUUCACACACUGAAAACUAUUGCCCUCAAUGAUACUCUACCUGGGAUUCAUUGUUGUGCACCAACAUGCAGUGUUCUUCAACCGAUCCCAUUGGUAUCACAGCACUGCACAAGAUACACAAAAUUACGGGUCCAGCCACUGCAGUGACAACGUGCUGCAAAAUGAAGCCUGAUUUUUGUGUAAUGCAAUGCAAUGCAAUGUAUUAUCAUAACAUGUUCAUUUGUUUAAUGUAGUAUUGCCCUCUAAAAACGUGUAUAAUUUCCUCUUCCCAUUAAUAUGUACAGUAGGCUAUUAAUGGCUAUAAGCAACUUGUCUCGCAAUGGCUUCAUUUUUAAAAUAUUUAGCCAUUGCACGACCAGGGGAUGUUACAGUAUGCAAUUUGUCUUGCAACUUCACUCGCAAUCAUGAGCGAUAUGGGCUAAUACUUAAUAACGAGUUUUUAUUGGCUGAUCAACAAAAUCAUUGUUGCCAGAGGGGUUUUACACUGUUAAAUUUCUUCAAAAUGCGUUGCCGCAAUCGUUGCGAAAAGCAAAACCUGCUUCUACUUUGUGCAACGCAACUGAUGCAGCAAAAAUAUUGCACAACUUGAUGACUGCGAGGCAUGUUACACUAGGAAUUUUGUGUUGCAACAAAAUUCUGGGACAAGUUGCGAUACAAGUUGCACAGUGUAACAACGCCUUAAGACCCGGUCACACUAUUGUGUAUCACACUAAUAUCACUCAUGCGCCUGCAGUAUUCGCUGACAAACUCUAGGGGUACGUUAGACAUAGGUUUUAUACGUUUCAAGCACGGUCACGUAUGAUGGCAUAUGGCGAGGCAGAACAUUUUUUAAGCAUGCUCAAAAAUUUUGUGUGUAUCGGACGUAUGCUUUAUACAAUAAGUAUACUCUAGGCACACAUUGAAUACGCUAGAAGUAUGCUAGAUGGUACUCAAACACAGGCAUUUCAAAGGAUUCUUGUGUGUAUGAAAAUUAUUUAAUUAAUUUCCAUACGUUUCUCAUACGUUUCUCUCGUACACAAUAGUGUGACAGGGCCUUUAUGGUUCUAGGUUUAAUUUUUGAAAGUUUAAAAUAGUGGCAUGAAUGUAGUUGCCUAUUACUACUAAAACUCUGAAGAUAAACUAAUUAAUUUAACACAAUAUUGUUGUUACUCUGUAAAAUUACAAUCAUUAUAAAAUAAUAGGUCAAUGUCAAUGAUCAAUAGACCUUUCCGGUAAUUACGUCACAGCUAACACUGUUUUCAACUUAGUACCACCUUAAAUGGAAUGGACAGCGAAGCAGCAUUUUGGAUUUUGACCAACAAAUGUGGAAAUAAGCUUAAACACAAAAUUGAGGCUGAGGGGUCAUGCAAUUCUUUUUAUGCAUGUGUUGACGAAGGAUGUAAUCUGCAUCUCUGUCCAUAGCUCAUGAUAAACAAACUUGAAAUCCAUUCCAUUUAAGGUGGUCCUAAGUUGAAAACAGUGUAGUUGUGACAUAAUUACCGGAAAGGUCUAUUGAGGAUUAGUAUAAAUUUCCAGGUGACUAAUAAUUUUUCUGCAUUCUGAUUGGCCAAGAUUCACUGUCUCUGAAGUCAAGUGAUAGUCACUAGUCUGGUCAGUGACUAUAGCUUUUUGCUUUUUUUCAAAAUGGCUGCUCGUUUUGCCGUAGAAACAGAAGAGGAAAUAUAGCAUUCCAAAAGAAAAAAAAAGCUACAAAAUAUGGUUUUGAAAUAUUUCAAGGUAAAAUAUUAAACUUUACUUGCUUUUAUUUCGUCAGUGCAAAUAAAAACGUUUUUAUAGACAUAAUUUACAUGGUGCCACUUAAAAUUAUAAUAAGAGCCAAACUAGUAAGUAUGAAUACUUAUUAGUAUGUAUGUAACAAACAACCAAACAUGUGCUCAAGGCUCAUUUUACUUCGCCUAGGAAUCAGAGAUUUUUAUGCCUAAAACACCAUAAAUUUCGUCAACAUUAUAAAUAAAUACCAUUUACAUUUGUCAAUUUCAGUAUAAAAGGAUUAUUUCAAUACAAAAAAACGAUAUGAGGACAUACUUGGUCAUACUAGUGAAGCUAUACUAAAUACAAAUAACGCCAUGGCAACGGCAAAACAUUGAAAUAGAAAUUGUCUAAAAAUGAUAAAAAUACUUCCCUUGAAACUCCAGACACAACUCCCAAUGCCAGGUUGAGAUACUUGUCUUCAUACGAAGACAUUCCAUCAUUACUAGCACGAUCAAUUUGCAAAAUAAAGCCAAAAACGUCUUCAGAAUGCGAUUCAAACAAAACUACAACACAAUACAUUACAACGCUCGUGCGCGAUAAUCAGGAAAAUUGCUCUAAAAGGUUUGUUUUUCUGCCUAAGCCAAUCAAAAUCCGUAUCUAGGGUAAACAAACACUCUGGAAGUGAUUUCUUGCAGUCUUUUACCAGGAAACUGUAAUGCUUUACCAAGAACUUAGCAUCCAAAGUUGGCCGAAGACUUUCCGACCACGAGAAUCGCCAUAAUAGGCUUAGCUUUGCGAGCUAUAGAAUGCAAGAUGGCGAUUCUUUUGUGGUGUAUUUGCCUUUAUUAUACGUUAAAAAGAAGCAAAAAUACAAGCAUUUGAAUCAGGCGGAACAUUCAAAAUGCAACAGCAAAAUUGAUAAUGCGUCAUUUGCAUAAAUGUCACCGCAUUGAUCAUUUCAAGGUAAGAAAUUCGCUUGAAAUUGAGCGAGAAACAAUAAAAUUAUAUGAAUAUUUCGGAAUAUAUAGUAUCAAUCAAGUGGAAUUUUUUUGUGGUAUUUUCGUAUUUCUACUGCAAAUACUCAAGGAGUUCUUUAAUAUUAAAUCUUCCCGUCAUAUACAUCAGAAAUUAAUAUUGGCGGAUUGAAUUGAGUUAGAAAAUUGGAAUUCCAUCAAGGUUUAUGAUUUACAAUUUUCCUGCUACACAAGUUUAUUUCUAUGAUCUUGGAAUGUGCGAGAACGGAGAAGCGCAUGAAGCCUUCACAAGUAUUUUACUUCUUGGAAUUGCUAUCUGCUCUGACUCUUAAUUAACUGCUCAAAUAAAAACGGAAAAUGAAAAUUAUUUCAAAUUAUUUUUGCCUUAACAUACCCAUAACAAAGUGAUGCAUUCCAUUCAACCCUAAACUUUUAUAAAAUUAGCAUCUCAAUAACUUGUUUUCGUCAUUAAGCAAAUUCCAACAUAGUUGAGUCAUGCCAUUAGUUAUCAUAAUUUGAAUUAAACUGACACCUAAAUUUCCAUGCACAUUCAAUUGCAAAUCAUUUCAAAACUUCUUCUCUUUGUUUCUUUUUGUGAAUUUUAGGGGGUCCAAUUCCGUGGAAGGGGAUACAUAUCAGCUAGUGGAUAUGUACCAUAGGGGUCCGAAUCCGUUAGCUGAUAUGGACUGGGGGGUCCAUAUCCGCAGGGAGUCCAAAUCCGCUGUGACACCGAGGGGUCCAUUUUGAGGGGGGUCCAAAUCUGCUGGGACACCGGUGCGGAUACACAUUCGAUCUUUAUUUUUCUUUAUUUUACUUUCCUUAUUUUUCUUUCUACUGACCUCAUCCAUAGUGGGGGUGGCAGUAUUAAAUGGGAUGGCCCUUUGCAUGGAACACUUGGUGUAGUUUUGUUCAUUGAACUGAACUGCUUCAAAACCAUUCAAACAAAACCAUUAAAAGAGAAAUGAAGUCAGUCAAGUCAAUCCUCAGGAAAGUGAUCUUGACAGUGAUGAUCAAAAUUACAUGGAUGGAAAUGUCAUGGAUCCACUUUAUGGGGAAGAAGCAGAUGAAACAAAUUCUUCACACGAUGAAGAGGAGUUCUCAGAAGAAAAAUUUCAGUAAGUUUUCAAUCUUCAAGAGUUGCUGGGCUGACAGCAUUGAAAAGUUAUGCGAAUGUUCAAUGGUGUUUCUCACAUCUCACACUAAAUGGUCUAGACAUCACCUAACAAAGUUGGAAAAAGCAUGUAAAUAUUUUUCUGUGAUAUGCCAAAAACUGCAGGAUUUAGGACUAGGAUUUAGAACAAGGAUUUAGCACUUUUCUUGUCUAAUCUAAUAUUUUUUCUAUUGCAGGUUACCGGUGAUAGAUGGAAAUAUCCGAAUAGAGCCAAAGUAG